AUGGAAGCGCCAAUGCCAUUCUUUCCGCAUGAUAUUAUAGAGGAAAUCCUUCUCAAACUACUCAGAAAAUCUCUCUUGCGAUUCAAGUGUGUUUGCAAAUCUUGGCGUGACUUCAUCUCGACUCAUAAGUUUGUCAUAAAUCAUCUCACUGAAACAUCUGAAAAGUUUCGUAGAGUUGGAGUCAUAGAAAACACAUCUCACUGUAUUUUCCUAUGCAGUCCUGCCGCUCAAGGUGCAUCGCGUGCUGGAGAAGCAAAACAAGAAACAAUUUUUCUUCCUUCAACGGGAGAAGACUGUUAUCUCAUUCCAGCAGCCAACAAAUUCGAUCUUACCAGGAUAUGGCCUUAUUGUACCAACAGAAUCAUCGACGCCAUGAUAUCGGGGUCCUGUAAUGGUAUGUUACUAAUACAAUUGGAAAAUGCUGAGAGAUCCAAAAGGAUCUCCUGGACAUUCCUACUAUGGAAUCCAACAAUUAGGGAAUUCAAGAUGAUUCCAGGAUGGCAUUUUAUAAGUUCUUUUAGGUCUCUGGUUUCGGGGCUUUGUUACAAUUCAUCUGCUGAUAAUUACAAUGUGGUAUUGGUUUUUUCUGAAAGAAAGAGUGAUUCGGUGUGUGGUUAUAUUUAUAAUCUCAAGACAAAUUCAUGGAAACAACUUGAAAAUCUUAACGAUGCAACCUUUUUAGACUAUUUUCCUGAUGAAACAGGAAAAACACUGGUGAAUGGAGCCCCACCUUGGGCAAUGUUGAGCUGA